CAAUGCUUUUUUAAACGCAUCAGCUAUGUUACAUUGUGAUUGACAGGCGAUUGUAUUGGAGCAUUUGCUCUUUGCUAAGCCAACAUCACACACACAGAAGUCAGCUGAAAAGCGAAGCUAGAUUCUCAUUCACCUGAAGGCUUGUAUUCAAGCUAGAAGCAUCGAAGACUCUGGCAACUACUUUCCAAUUUGGUUUUUCCUCAGAUCACGUGGUUUAAAGAGGUUAAGCAGCAUACAAAGUAAAUAUGGCAAUCAAUGUGGAAGCCGUUGAGAAGGCAUUCGAAUGGGAAACGUUCGAGGAUGGAAAACCAUAUCUUGGCACCUACAAGCAUGAAAUACCUAAUCGGGUAAGGAUGAUGACAAUGAAGCUUGAUCCAAAAGAUUGGAUAAAGAUUGAUCGAACAUACGCAUCGCAGCAACACGAAAAGGAGCGACUGUGGCAAACACUGCGUGACAAGGUGUUUGUCACCAACAACAAUGAGUCGACUAAACUGGCGAAGAGUGAACUACUACAAAUGAUUUGCAAGUAUCUACCAGAGCGAUAUCCUGACAAGUUUGAAGCAAGAGAAGGAGGCGUAUACAACAAAAUGUUGCAGGAAUUUAUAUCGACAUCGGAAGAGCCUGGUGAGGAGGACCCGCUUAUCAAAUGCGGGCGACUGACACAGGAGGACUGGUGCAUAAUGGAGUGGAGUGACGAGCAUCAGGCUUAUUGCCUGACUGCAGGAAUGGUGUACUUCCCCAUGCGUUGGUCGCUCCAAGAGAAAUGGAACUUGCCGAUGUUAGAUAUCCAUCAACCAGUUGACGGCUUCACCAAACAUCUCAAGUCUCUCGUUUACAAUCUCUUCAAAACCAUGGCUCCUGAUGCGCCGGUUUACCGUGGAAACUGGGCGGUCUUCAAUGACCUUGAGGGCCCGCUCGAUUUGUACACACCAGUGGGCCAUGAGCACCGUAACGCAGCCAUGGGUGGUGUACGACCAUAUGAAGGCGAGAAAACCGGCCGUGUGUUAACCUUCCGAUGCGAGUAUCAAACACUGCGAAAACUCGAGAAGAGCAAAGCUAUUGUCUUUGGUAUUCGCACCUACCAGAUCUACUUGGAGGAUUUCAAGAAAUUUCCAAGGAAGGACACAGAAACGCUCGUUAAGGUCAUCGAAAAUAUCCACCCUGACUUCGUUGAAUACAAAGGCGCCAGGUUUUGGAAAGAUGCUGCGCUUAAGUACUUAAGACGAGAUGUGCUUGGAGAGAAAGAAAGCCCUGGGAUAGUGAGCUUUUGGAAAAAGGGUUCGGCUCUUGUUGUCGGUAUCUCUGUUCUUGCUCUAGCAAUCGCUUUGAUGAAACGUUAGUAAAUUCAUGAGCACAAGUAAAACCUUAGAAUAUGGAACAUCUUUUUGGGGAUGAACCCAUUCUACGCUAGCCUAUACUUAUCAGUUUUUCGUAUCGGUUCGAAAGCUUCCCAUCCCGCUUACGUUCCCUCAAUCUAGCACUACAUUUGUUUUCCAUUGUCUGCAAAUCACAGUUAACUAGCCAUAAUCUGAUGUUGAUACGAAAAGGUAGCAAACUUUUUACUAGAAAGACAAAACGUCACGCCAGUGUGCAAAGUAAAUCGAAAACUUAUUAAAUCCAAGUUGGAAAUUUCUCUUUA